UUGGAAUAUGGUUUCAAUUUGCGGAAAAAAAUUUGCUUGCACUAGAGAAAAACUAUUAUUGUCCGACAUACAAGCAAAAAAAGAAGCAAAGGAUUUUGAACGGUUUCUUCAAGAACUCAAAGAAAAAAGAGAACAAAGUCAGCAAAGUAACAAUGUACGAGUUUUGUCAGGUACCACUGUUCCAAAUUCAACUUUUAAAAGUAGGAUUAGCUCUGACGUAAAUCAAAAUCAAAAAGCCCCUUCAAGAGAUUUACUUCCAGCUCAGAGUAUCGAAGGAAAAAAUCAACAAUUUGGCCUAAAAUUAAAUGCAGUAAAAAGCUUUAAAGGAACAAUUCUUGACGAAAGAUCCGACAUAAUUUUACAGCCUAAAGACAAAAGACCAUCGAUACUUUCAGGAACAGGAACACUAAAUGAGCUCAAAGAAUUGAGCGACUUACUUCACAAAUCUUCUUACAUUCCAAAACAGAAAAAAACCAGACCAUCGACAAUAGUCAAAAUCAAAAACGCAAUCGAAAAGGCGAAGAAUGAAAAACUCACUUCCACGGCCAAUAAAAGCCAGAAUACCAUUGAAAAAGUUGUUACAAUGGUUGAUACUUCAACGUUGACCAAAAAACAUUUUGUGAAGAAGAAGAAAAAAAUGCUUACCGAUACCGAUACGAUUUUAAAGUCACCAGCUGGAAUACACCUCAACAGUUCUAAACAAUCAGAUUCUAAUAAAAAGAAACAGACAAUCAGAACCAAGCCUGUGCAAAAAAUUGACUUUGGAGUUCAAACUUCUUUUACCAUAAAUGUUAGACGAAAAAAGUUAAUUGAGAAAUGA